AUGUCAAUAACACGGUUACCACUGCGGCCGCUGCCGUCCAUAAGCUCGACAUGCAUGCGCUACUUCUCCACCGGGUCCCAUAAGCAAGGCCCCCAAGACGGCAUCCUCGACAUCCUCGCCAGCAGCACCGCCGCCGCCCGCCCACCCCCAAACACAAACACCACGCGCCCGCGCACCGGCCCCUCCCUCACAGGCAUGGCUUCAACCAUGGGCCUCUCCGCCAACAUGCCACGCGAAGUCCUCGAAUCCGACCGCGCAGCCCAAUACCAACGGCAAAUCUACCGAAAAUGGCAACCGGGCGACGUCUACGCCCCCCACGACCUCUCCGGCACCGAGCAAAAGAAGUGGAAGUACGGGCGCAAGAAGCCGCAGCAAGACGCGUUUGAUGUGCUGGGUAUAAAUCCGAUAUUGGAGUAUAAGAACUUUACGAUGAUGUCUGAGUAUAUGACGGAGAUGGGGAGGGUUAAACAUAGCAAGGAUACGGGGCUUAGGCCGAAGAAUCAGAGGAAGGUUGCUAAGGCGAUUCGGAGGGCGAUUGGGUUGGGAUUGAUGCCGAGUGUGCAUCGGCAUCCGUUGGUGUUGAAGAAGAGUAGUCCGUCGAGGUUUUUGUAG